AUGCCAGAAGACGAGCGAUGCCAGAAGACGAGCGAUGCCAGAAGGCGAGCGAUGCCAGAAGGCGAGCGAUGCCAGAAGGCGAGCGAUGCCAGAAGGCGAGCGAUGCCAGAAGACGAGGGUUGCCAGAAGGCGAGCGAUGCCAGAAGGCGAGCGAUGCCAGAAGGCGAGCGAUGCCAGAAGGCGAGCGAUGCCAGAAGGCGAGCGAUGCCAGAAGGCGAGCGAUGCCAGAAGGCGAGCGAUGCCAGAAGGCGAGCGAUGCCAGAAGACGAGCGAUGCCAGAAGACGAGCGAUGCCAGAAGACGAGCAAUGCCAGAAGACGAGCGAUGCCAGAAGACGAGCGAUGCCAGAAGACGAGCGAUGCCAGAAGACGAGCGAUGCCAGAAGACGAGCGAUGCCAGAAGACGAGCGAUGCCAGAAGACGAGCGAUGCCAGAAGACGAGCGAUGCCAGAAGACGAGCGAUGCCAGAAGACGAGCGAUGCCAGAAGACGAGCGAUGCCAGAAGACGAGCGAUGCCAGAAGACGAGCGAUGCCAGAAGACGAGCGAUGCCAGAAGACGAGCGAUGCCAGAAGACGAGCGAUGCCAGAAGACGAGCGAUGCCAGAAGACGAGCGAUGCCAGAAGACGAGCGAUGCCAGAAGACGAGCGAUGCCAGAAGACGAGCGAUGCCAGAAGACGAGCGAUGCCAGAAGACGAGCGAUGCCAGUAGACGAGCGAUGCCAGUAGACGAGCGAUGCCAGUAG